AUGUCCACCGAAAAAGAGAAGAUGCUCCGUGGAGAGCUCUACUGUGCUUUCACCCCAGAGCUAAUCGCUGCCCGCACUCGGUGUAAAUCGGCAUGCAACCGAUUCAAUAAGGCAGAUGAUCUUUCUCGUCGUCAAAUGGUGCAGAUGUGGAAAGAUAUCACUGAAGACUCGACUCCACUCCCCGAACAGAAGGAUGAUCCAGAUGCCGAUGCCGAUCUGCUGGCACGAGAGCCUUGGGUGGAAGCCCCCGUGAAAGUGGACUAUGGGUUCAAUGUCAAGCUGGGCGAAAAUGUCUUCGUGAACUUCAACUGCGUCUUCGUUGAUACAUGUCCCAUCACGGUGGGUGCUCGGACUCUCUUUGGCCCCAAUGUUCAUAUCUAUUCCGGCACACAUCCGCUGGAUCCUGCGGUGCGCAAUGGCACACAAGGCCCUGAGACCGGGAAGCCCGUUGUGAUUGGGGAGGAUUGCUGGCUGGCCGGGAAUGUUACUGUGCUGCCUGGGAUCACCAUUGGUCGGGGAUGUACCAUUGGUGCGGGUAGUGUGGUGACCAAGGUAUUUCCUGCUCUUGAUAGACAUCCUGGUUCUUGUCUGGUUCCUAACUAUAUGCAGAAUGUCCCUGAUUUCCACGUUGCUGUGGGAAAUCCAGCUAGAAUCACCCGCCGCAUUCAAACGACCAUGGCGGAAUAA